AUGCGACCAAAAAGGGUUGCUAGGAAACUAGAAAAGCAGGCAGAACCUGAAGGAGCUAUCAAGGAGACCAAAGUUUUCGCGUCAGGCAACAACAACAUCACCCAAGCCAAAAUAACUACAGAAUAUUUUGCAGAUGCAGAAAAGGAUGCUCAUCCGGCUCACUUUGAGCUAGCUGCUGCUUCGAGAGAGAACCUAGAGCCAAACUAUGGCUUUCGUCGGUCGUCUCGAGUCAGACCGCACGGCUACCAUCCUAACUAUAAUACGCGAUUUCACCCUGCUGACGCCGUCUUGAAACCCGCUCACGCGGCCAAAUUUCUCAACUUAGUUUCUGAGGCUCCGCCUACGGUAGCUCGAGAUAUACCAGUAUCAAAACAGCAGAUCUUCCAACUUCAGGAGUCCGGUCCAGAACAGACUCCUCCCAAUACCGACAUGGACUUCUCGGACUCUCAAAUUCAUUUUGGAGCAGACGUGACACUUGCUGGUUUCAAACAUCCUCAUUGUGAGCUGGUAGCUGAUUACAAUAAUUUGACGGAUUACGAUAGGUGCCUGUACACGCUCCAGAUGGGAGCACCUUUAGAGAGUGAGUACUUGCCACUUGGUUGGCCGCAAGUACUGCAAACGAUGUGGGAUUUCGGCUUUAUUACGUAUGAUGAAUUCCAAGACCCUGAAUUGAUUGAGCAGACAAUUGCUCGGUACCAAGGCUUGCAAACUAGCAUGCGAACGUUCUUUCAGUCUCGGCCCGAAGGCUCUAGUCGAAAAAACUGGAUCAUGUUCAAGCCAGAGGGUCUUGACGUGUAUAAAUGCGCUAGGGGUGACAAGUACUGGCCAAAAUUCAUCAACAGUGUUGCCCAACCCACACGAGCAUCUCUUGGGAAUGAACAGAGUGCAGUCAGUACACAUCCAGCCAAGAAACCCAGAAUCGCCAUAAACCCAGAAAUUACGUCGCAUAAUUUAGGUGACUUAGCUCUUUUCGAAGCGAACCAGAGGCCUUGCGUCACUGCCCUUACUGCUGUACCGUCCCCGGUGGAUGGAGAUAUAGAAGAGUGUCAAAGUCCGCAGAUGGACCUCGAGUUCCUCAACAGUCUCUUCAGUAGCCAAGAAGCAGUAGAAGACACAUCAACAGACUCCACUCGGUUACGUGAACACCAACCUUCUCCGACUGGUACUGAUACUACGGUGGCCUCGAUACAGACUACUUUCCUAACAGAUACCGCAAUCCCUUCACGCUGGUUCGCAAGCCUGACACACUGCCAGCCUCAAAGAACCAGGCCAUUGAUGAAGGGUGCGAAUGAACAGUCGACCGAGUCAGCAUUUCACAUACAUGAAGACACGGAACCUCGUACACUUCUAGGAUAUGACCGCAAAAUGUCCUUUCAAGCGUCAAGUUGCGUGGACCACCCGAAAGAGAACAUACCAUCGUCACAAGAGAACGUUGAGGACCAAAGUCCGCCUCCCGCAAGUCCAUUGCCAGCGAUGGGGUAUAGCAGUGUCUUUGGUUUAGAUCAAUCGAUCUUCUGA